AUGGCGCCAGAGAAAUUAUUGUUAGAUAAUGAUGAUGAUCGUAACAAUCAUAAUGUAAAAAAAAAGAAAGUUCCAUACGAUUCUAAAUGUGAAAUUUACAGCGUUGGAACAUUGUUAUGGGAGAUCGCUGAAUUGAAAAAACCUCAUUCUGAUCUUAAUAAAGCGGACAUGCUUGUUAGUAUCAGAAAACGGGUUAGUGAAAGGUAUUCUUUACCAUUUUCAAAUGACGUACCUAUUGAAUGGAGAUUUAUAGUAGCUAGAGCUAUGGAAUAUGAACCAUCGUGGCGUCUUAAUAUAUCUGAUAUUUGUCGUGAUUUUUACAACCUCAGUAAAAAAUAUCAACAAAAAUCUCUGUCAUAUGAUUCUUCUAUGUUUAAUUUUGAAUUUAAUGAAUCUGGUUGUUUUGAUGAACCAAUAAUAAUAGAUGAUGAUGAUGAUAGUCCAAGUAAUCAAAAUCAAAAUAUUAUCACAAUUACGAUUCUUUCCGUUGAUGAUGCAAUUCGUGAACAUAAAUCCAAAAAUGGUAACAAACGAUUAGCGUGGGAAAGUUUCAAGCAUCAUUCAUCGACAAGUCUUGAAGCAAAAUAUUGGUUAGGUUAUUAUUACUUUCAUGAUAAAGAAAUUCCCGAAUUACUACAGAUUGAUAAAAGAAUAAGAAUUAAGACCGCAGUGGAAAUAUUUAAAGAAACUGCGGAUAAAGGAAAUCCUUCCGCUCAAUUAAGAUAUGGAAUAUGUUUAUGGCAAGGUGAUGGUGUUAAUGCAAAUUCUUUUGAAGCUCUUAAAUAUUUAAAAAAAGCAGCAGGUUCAGGAAAUUCUGCUGCAAUGUUUAUAAUUGGGAAAGCUUAUUGGAAUGGUGGUAAUGGUGUUGUAAAAGAUAGAAAUCAAGGUGCUGAAUAUUUAAAAAGGGCUGCAUUAAAUAAUCAUCCCAAAGCUAAAGAAAUGUGUAUCGAAAAUAACAUUAAUUAUAAUAUAUAGUAAAAGAAAAAAAAAAAAAUUUUUUUAAUUAUUUUUUAUGAACAUUUUUCUUUUUCUUUUUCU